AUCGCGAGCAUUUCUUCCCAAAAGUCCAAGCCAAAAAAGCUUCGAUUGCCUUCUAUUGAAAGCAGGAUCGACGAAUCGAAUCGAAUCAAGUUCUUCUGAUUAUUAAGAAUUUUUUUAUGCUGAUGAUUCCAUUGAUUUCAGAGAUCCAAUUGUUCCCGCCGGCUGAAGAAAUUAUUUCGCUGGAAUCAUCUUCGAGUUUCUCUGUCGAUUCAGCUUAGCAUUCGUAGAUUCUUCUAAUAAAUGGGAGACUCAUUUCAAACUCCUGGCUUGAUAAGAAACUAUGAAUCGACUAGUAGUAGGAAACGUUUGAUUGCUUCAGCCGCAAAGUCCUUUUCACCAAUAACUUCAAAGCAAAUAGCUUCAAUAAAGCAUGGUAGAUUUGGAAGAGGGACUGCUGCUCAAGUAGCAUUGUUUUUACUAAAAAUUGCUGCACUAGAGAUGGUUCGCAGGUUCUCAAGAGCCAGGUGUCCAUUUUUAUGGUCUGGUCUGCAAGUUUUGCAAGUUCUCUGCUAUUCACCAUUCAAGUGGAUUCAAAGAUGGAAACCUUUGAAGGUUUUGGUCAAGGGCAUGAAGGUAUUAUCAAGGCCAUUAUUAGUUCUCUCUAUCACGACUGCUUUCUCUGAUCAAUCAGGGAGCUGUAAUGUUACCUCAGAUGGUACCGAAGAUUCUAUUGGCCUUAAUGAUUCUCCUGCAGUUCCAGAAUCGCAUGCUGAGUUUCCAUCUGUACAAUCUACUCUGGAUACAAGGACUUGUGAUGAAGCCCAACAAAACCUAUCAUCUCCGAAUUGGUUGCUUCGGCUUCAUGCAGAGCUGGGAAAACAGGGGAUUAGUUUACCAGAAAGAAUUAAUGAGGAUGAACUCCACAGAUUUUAUAAUGCUGCAAAUGGUGAUUUUCCAUGCAUGCUGUCAUCUGUUAAGAAAACAAUCCGUUGGAGGGAGACUUAUAGAAUUCUAUCUAGAAAAGAACUUAAGAUGUGGUCCAGUAUGGUCUUCUGGCAUGGAGUUGAUUUGAGCCAUCGACCUUGCCUUAUUGUCCGCCUUGGGCUAGCUUGCAUCGGUUUGCCAUCCAAUGAAAGACCUCGCUUUGUUCAAGCUGUUGUAUCUCAGGUGGAGCACGGGAUCCUGCAUUUGGUUGACAGCGAAAAUCCUCAAAUUACAGUUUUAGUUGAUUGUGAACGGCUGUCUCCUCUGCGAUUGCCCAUGCAAAUGGUGAGAACGUGUUCUGUUCUUCUGCAAGAUCACUUCCCAAACCGUCUUGGCUCUCUCUUUGUUAUACGGCUUCCUCCUGUUGUUCGUAUCAUGGCACAAACUUUUAUUCAAGUACUGAAACCUGUCACUAGGCAAAAGGUGAAAGUUGAAGGGGAAAUGUACCAAAAUGUUCUUUCCGAGUACCUUCAGACACUCCCAUCAUAUCUUGGAGGGGAAUGCACGUGCAUGACAUGUGGAAACCUUAACAUGGGCAACAUGCAACAACCUUGUAUUAACGGGGAGACGAAUGAAGGAGAGGCAAAUGCCGAUUUCAGUAGUGGUGAGGAUCUGCUAUCCCUCCAUCCAAGUAGUCAAACCGAUAUGCACAUGAAUAAUAACUGUGACCAGGUCUUGAGAUCUGCCAUGGUUGGUAUCCUCAUCUUCUCAGUUUUGAUUGCUUUCUUUGCUGGAUUUUUUGAUCCUGAAACUCGUCCUGUUUUACCCCCCUUGAGGUAAGAAUGUACCCCAACCCUUCCGAUUUUAUUUCGAAUCUUCAUCUGGUAGUUGCUGCAUAUUAGGACCAAUGGUUGGUGGCAAAGCUUGAUUGCACUGUUAAAAGGAGUGCAUGUAAUAGCUCCUCUUACUGAUGUCUCUUUAUUAUUGUUGUUGUUUUCAGUUAUGGGCUAAACUACAUACCCAAGAAUUCUAUUCUCGUACCCAUAAAUUCUCUAUUUUUGAUAAUCGGGUAAUUAGAUCUAAUAUAUG